AUGCCUUUUUACGCUCCCGACCCCUGGUUCCACAUUCAGCAGGACCAGGGAUAUCAAUACCAGCCACAUCAGCACCACCAGCACCAGUACCAGCACCACCAGCAACAACCACAGCAACGGCAGCAACUGGACCAACAGGGGCAGGAGCUACAGCUCCAGGAGCUCCAGUACCACCACCACCACCGCCAUCAAGAGCCCCACCAGCAGCCGCUUCAACAGCAGGAGCAGCAGCAGCAGCUCCAACAGCAGGAGGAGCUGCUGCUGCUGCUAUUUCAAGAGUCCCAGCAGCAGCUGUUUCAACAGCAACAACAGCAGGGCCAGCAAUACGACCUGCGACCACAGGGGCCCCGAGCGCGGGGAGCGCGGCCCCCGUCAGGGUACGUGUUGGACGGCCAGUACCCCGGCCUCCCCGGCCAGCCGCCCUACCGGCCCAUGUACGAUUUGCCUCGUGCGGGAUCCCGGAUGGCGGCUCAGGGGAUGCCGGUGACGAGGCCGGGCACUCUCUCGCCCGGGCAGGGGCCAGCGGCGCAUGCUGGACUCGCUGGUGCUCCUCAUCAGCCGGUCCCAGGCAGCCAAGAUCUGCCAGCCCUGCCAGGAGGCUACGCCUCGCAGAUGCUGGCCAGCCAGUACAUGAUCUUGCCUGGCCAGCAGCAGCACCAGCAGCAGCAGCAGCAUCACCACCACCACCACGAGCAGUUGCCGCCGCCCUGGCACUACCCCCGGUCGCAGCCCCCGACCCAACAGCCCGCCAUGCCGGCCAGCCCCGUCCCCCAGCAGCACCCACCGAUGAUGGGUUUCCCGGCGCCGCGGCCGCAGCAGCAGCCCAUCGCCGGGCCGGCGGGCGGCAUGUGGGGGGCCAGCGACAUGGUGGUAGGCAGCUACACGCUCGCGCCGCUCCCGGUCGGGGGUGGUAGCGGCGGAGGCGGGGUGGCAUGCGCUCCUGCCCAUGCCUGGGCUGCGGCACCGCAGGGCAGGGGAAAACGCAAGCGGCCGUGCCCCGCGAGCGCCGGCGCCGGCGCCGGCGACCCUCGGCCCGUUCGCAAGAUCCGGACCUCGGCCGCCUCGUCGUCGUCGGCCACCAUAGCGGCGACGAGUCCCGACGCCCCGGCCACCAUGCCCGCCACCGCCACCGCCACCACCACCGUCGCCCCCGCCGUGGGCGCCGAGCCCUCCCCGACCACCAUCCCCGCUCCCGCGCCCGCGCCCGCCCUAAUUGCCGGCCAGGGUGACACCGGCGUGACCUCCCCGCCCCUGUCGGAGGAGGAGAUUAGGGUCUUGGAGGCGCUCGGGCCUGCGGUGGCAGCGACCCCGCCGCCCCAGGGGCCCGCCGCGGUGCCCGACGACCCGGCCGCUGCGGACGGGCAGGGCGAUGUGCCGGCUGCCGCCGCGGGCGAGGCGGCGGGGGAGCAGGAGGAGGCGGUGGUGAUGCCGGCUGCCGCGGACGAGGCGGCAGGGGAGCAGGAGGAGGAGGCUGUGGUGGCUCCGGCACCCGCCGGCAACCCCCGGGACCUCUUUGGGGUGGACCCGGUGGACUGUUUCGCCGGGUUCGCGCCCGAGCUCAACGGCGAGCUCCCAGAGUGGCUCACAGAGGGGUGGGAGCCCGUCAACCUUGACGAUCUCUUCUCGGGCCCCUCCUUGGUCGAGUAG